AUUUAGUGUAAAGCCAUAAGAUGUCGAUCAGAAAGGGUGGUUUGAUGUCCUAUAACCAGCGGCGCAUUGCCCGCUGGUACUUUGGAGGUGUGGCCAGUUCGAUGGCCGCCUUAGUGACACAUCCAUUGGAUCUGAUGAAGGUGCUUGUCCAGACACAGGCGGAGAAGUUGUCUUUACUUCAGACAACGCGCAAAAUUGUCCGGGAACAGGGUGUUUUGGCCAUGUACAAUGGCAUCUCGGCCUCGUUGCUUCGGCAAUACACCUAUACGCUAACCCGUUUUGGCAUUUAUUCGAUGGGAUCGGGCAUGAUGGACACCAGCACCAUGGGCCGCAAAACAACCCUUGCUGCGGUUGCUGGUGGAAUUGGCGGCUAUGUAGGCGCCCCUGCGGAUCUGAUCAACGUGCGCCUGCAAAACGAUGUCAAACUGCCGCCAGAGCAGAGACGCAACUACAAGCACGCCAUCGACGGACUGGUACGCAUCACCCGCGAGGAGGGCUGGCGCAGCCUGUUCAACGGCUCCUCGAUGACCGCCCUGCGCGGAAUGUUCAUGACCGUGGGCCAGAUCGCCUUUUACGAGCAGAGCAAGGACAGUCUGGUAAAAAUGGGCAUGCCGGAGAAUAUGGGCACCUACAUUGUUGGAUCGAUCAUCUCGGCCAUGGUGGCCACCACCCUCACCCAACCGAUCGACGUGGUGAAGACCCGGCUAAUGAACGCUCCGCCCGGCAAGUUCUCGGGACUAACGGAUGCAUUUAUCAAGACUUCGAAGGAGGGACCGCAGGCCUACUUCAAGGGUUAUACGCCCGCCUUAACUCGACUACUGCCGCACACUGUUUUACUCUUUGUGGGUCUCGAGUACUUGAGGACCCAUUUUGGCUACCUGCCUGAGCCAAAGCCGACGGGACCAUAUUAUCGCUACAGCGACGAGGUUUAAUCGCCUUUCAAUGUGUUUUAAAUCUCCAGUGUCGAUAUUACAUGUUCUGUU